CACAUUUGUGUGUUAUCACAUACACAUGCUUAGGUUGUGCACUGUUAUGGGGGAGUGCACAAACUUUUGCAACCAGGAAAUGCAGUCUUUCCGUCUUUAAAACACUUUAACUUAAAACACGUUAAGUUGAUUCUAAUCCGCUUCCGGGACACUUUUCAAAGCUGUUACGUUUUAAACUCCUGUAUAAAUGACGACUUAACGAAAAAAUGGCACCAAUCUUGGAAAGCGACGGGAACAACGAGGAGUGGAUGAAAAAUUUACCCGAACAACUGUGGGACAUUCCUUUAACCAGCCUCACCAUACCAGGUGACAAAUGUAAGUCUCAUUCCUGGAGACAUGAAUGCAGUGGUAUGUGACAAAUAUUUGGAAGGUUGAGCAACCACAAGAAGACCUACCAGUUUGGACAAAGAGCAUUUCUUCGGAAGUCAUGAUGCCAUGAGCUACUGUCUGGAUAUCAGCUCUCCACUCCUCAGAUCUGAGUCUGAUUCCUUUAGACUCCUGGACAGAGUUUUCUACUGCUUUACCCGCCCCCUCAUUUUUAAAUGGGCUACUACCCAGGUAAAAAAUAUCGUGCAGCAACUGCAAGCCGGGGUCCGAUAUUUUGACCUUCGAAUUGCCCACAAACAGAACGACAUGUCACAUGACCUUUACUUCACUCAUGUGAUCUACACCCAAGUCACAGUCUUGGACACUCUGAACACUGUGGCCACAUGGCUCUCAGCACAUCCCAAAGAGAUCAUCAUCCUCUCAUGUAGUCAUUUUGAAGGUUUGAGUGAAAAACUGCACGAGGAAUUUAUUUAUUCCCUGAAGAAGAUCUUCGGCUCGAAACUGUGCCCUUCGAAGGCUGACGUGACUUUACGAGGCUUGUGGACGUCAGGGUAUCAGGUGGUGCUGUCGUAUGAGGAUCAGGCAGCUGCACGUCAUAAAGAGCUCUGGCCUGAAAUCCCGUACUGGUGGGCAAACACGGCCAGCGCCGAGGAACUCAUCCAUUAUCUCGACUCGCAGAAACAUCUCGGCCGUCCAGACGGCUUCUUCGUGGCAGGUCUGAACUUAACCGCAGAUCGAUGCUUUAUCGCCUCAAACCCGCACGUCUCCCUGCGGACCGUAACCCUGGAGCAGUGGGAGUGUGUGAGGAGAUGGCUGGAGGAGCAGAAACCUGGCGCCGCCUCGACGAGCCUCAACAUCAUCGCAGGAGAUUUUGUAGGGUUGAUUCCACUCUGCUCCGUUAUUAUCGCUCUAAAUAAACUACUGCUGAAACACAGAGACACCUAAACCUGGAUGUUUAAAGGGUUCUCAGAUAAAGGAGUUUCACGCUGUAGACGGAGCAGAUGACUGGACGUUCUACUAAAACUAAUCAACCAUCUGAGAUGAACAGAAACAGACUCGGGGUGCAAUUUUGUACAAUUUUAUUUCCUUUAUUUUUAUACAAUAUAUUUAACACUGUGUGAAGUGUUUUAAAAUGCUUUCAUGUAUAAAUAUUUACUCAGGUAUGUUUACAGUCAGUAACCGUGUGUCGCUACGUGACCGGGAACAGCUUCUUGUAGCGUCCGUAUGCUGCGGCACUGAUCACAACCUUGACGUUGGCGGUACAGUCGUCAUCUCCGUCGUGCACUUCCUGUACCGUAGCUUCCUUAUACAGCCACCUGCACACACACACGCACACGCACUUACAGUACGAUAGUAGAAGUAUGAUAAUGAGUUGGACAUUAAUAAAGAAAUUUUCUUAAUUCCAAA